CACAAAUGUGUAACACAGUAACCUCUUGACUAUCAUAUACAAAUUUAAAGGCCAUACAAUAUAAACAACAUCUGGAAAUGUCUCGUUUCCCUGUUGCAGGUGUUGCUUUGAUAUAGGUGUAAAUAUUUGCAGAUUUAAGUAAAGUAGCUCUAUUCAAAUUUGCUGUGGGCAAUUGACUUCAGACGGCACUUUCCUUCUUGACUGAUAUGGCCGCGUCCGACCAAUGACGAACAGGAAGGUACACAUCAAAGCAAAGUCCAGCCAACCAGCUUCUCUCCUAAGUCCCGUAAAGUGUCGUGACGGAGGUAUGAGACUAUUUAGCUGGAACUAAUCAGACUGAUGACUUCAAAUCAAUUCUCUGAUAAAUUUUUGUGAAACAUGGGAAUAUACUGCCUGGACUGAAAGUCGUAUUUACAGGAUACACUAGCAUUUUUGAUACAAAAGCUAGCCUCACCAUAAAGCCCUGGAGAUUUUGAACAGAAUGGCAUCCAGUACCAGCGAAUGCCCCGGGAAAAGUAUCCAGUACCGAGUUGACCAUCUCCUGAGCGCAGUUGAAAACGAAUUACAGGCGGGGAGCGAGAAGGGAGACCCCACUGAAAGAGAGCUCAAAGUCAGUCUGGACGAAAGGGAACUGUGGCAGAAAUUUAAGGAACUCACCAAUGAGAUGAUUGUAACCAAGAACGGCAGGCGGAUGUUUCCAGUACUGAAGGUGAGCGUAUCGGGACUGGAUCCAAACGCUAUGUACUCAUUCCUGCUGGAUUUCGUGGCAGCAGACAAUCACAGGUGGAAAUACGUUAACGGGGAGUGGGUCCCUGGAGGAAAACCAGAACCACAGGCCCCCAGCUGCGUGUACAUCCACCCAGACUCGCCAAAUUUCGGAGCGCACUGGAUGAAAGCCCCUGUUUCCUUCAGUAAAGUCAAAUUAACCAACAAACUCAACGGAGGCGGACAGAUCAUGUUGAACUCCCUCCAUAAGUAUGAGCCCCGUAUCCACAUAGUGCGCGUCGGCGGCCCGCAGCGGAUGAUCACGAGCCACUCUUUCCCAGAGACACAGUUCAUCGCUGUCACCGCGUACCAGAACGAGGAGAUCACUGCACUUAAGAUCAAAUACAACCCCUUUGCCAAAGCUUUUUUGGACGCUAAGGAAAGAACUGAUCAUAAGGACAUUAUGGAUGACGUUGGGGACAACCAACAAUCUGGAUAUUCCCAAUUAGGUGGGUGGUUCAUUCCUAGUACAGGAUCUCUCUGCCCCCCAGCGAACCCUCACCCCCAAUUUGGAGGAUCCCUGUCCCUGUCUUCCUCCCCACACGGCUGCGAUCGCUACUCUACCCUGAGGAAUACCCGCUCUGCACCGUACCCCAGCCCCUACACCCACAGAAACCCAUCGCCAACCAGUUACACAGACAACUCAUCAGCCUGCCUGUCCAUGCUGCCUGCUCAUGAGAACUGGUCCGGCCUGCAGAUGCCCACCCACUCCAGCAUGCUGUCCAUGGGUCACAGCACCAGCUCCAGCACCACCUCAACGCAAUACCCCAGCCUGUGGUCAGUGGGUAACUCCUCUGCCACCCCAGUGUCCCAGUCUGCCGGGAUGUCCACUGCGUUCAGCUCUUCUUUCCUACGAGGCUCCACCAGCCACUACCCAGGCCUGUCCCAUCCCGGCACAGUGCCCCCCUCUGGCUCCCCGCUGUAUGACAGCACUGUCCCAACGGACUUGCACGACGUGUCCCAGUACGACAUCUCGCCCCAUGCCCGCCUAGCAACCGCCUGGACCCCCAUCACUCCCCCCUCCUUGUAGGGUGGUGCACUUCCUCAUGGAGACAGUUGCCCAGAGACUGAAUGAUUGUACCUGAGUUGCUACCGCAGAGACUGAAUGAUUGUGCUUGAGUUGCUACCAUAGAGACUAUGAUUGUGCUUGAGUUUGCUUGUGCUUGAGUUGCUACCAUAGAGACUGUGUGAUUGUGCUCGGGUUGCUACCAUAGAUACUCUAUGGUACACUCUAAAAUACAUCAUUAGAAAAAAGCACAAAGAAUUCAGUCCAACUACUGAUGAACAUGAUGAAGCAAACGGGACCAUAUAGAGCUCUUACCUACUUUCUUGAUGUGACAUGAACACAUUAAUAAGCAUUAAUUGUAUUUUACCCUCUGUGGUCAUGUGAAGCUGAGAUAAUUAGCAUCUACUGGCACACGAACACCUGCUUUGUUGAAAGAAAAAUUAGACCAUAGAUGUAGUUUCUGUUUUCUCUCAUGCUUUCCCUUGGUUUUACUCCCUGACUGGGAGUUCCCUAAUCGCGCUCAGGGAGCGAUUGUCUUCCCUGUCACGUUAGCGUUGUGACACUCACCACGACCUCCAUCGUCGACUCAAGAGCGCACAGACAGUCAUGUGCUCACCUUCAAAAGCAUGUGUGAUGUUGCUGCUGCUGCUUACACAUAUGUUUCAUUUCAAGAGACCAUGGCAUUAUUAAUGCCUGUCCAGGUCUGUAUAAUUGAAGAGCCACCAUUUUGUUAUGGCUGCUUCCCAUACAUUUUGGCUCAACACUGUCUGAUUUUUUCCACCAUGAGAUAUAAUUUGAUAAUGGAUACAUCUUUUAAACAGGAGAUGUUGAAGGCCACAUGAAACUGCCGUGGAUUAUUUAUACUGUAUGUUUGAACGUCUUUGUACACUUUUUGUAGCAUAGCACUUUUUGUGCUAAUUGUACAGACCAUCCCUUGCCUUGUCAAUAUUGUAAAUAUGAAUAUAAUUUGGUUUAUUUUAUUGUUAUGGGAAGGAUGAAAAAACUCUUUUUCGGGGAUUGUAUGUAAUUCAUUUAUGUGUAUUUUGUGUUCACAAGCCAGGAAAGAAAUAUCUUAUUGUAACGUUACUCAUGAGCUGUUACCAAAGUGAACAUUAAAGGGUCUUGCUAUAGGU